GGGGGAACGAUUCGCCUUCGGCCACCACUACUUCCGCCCGCACGAAACCCACCACUCGCCCUCCCGCAAGUUCUAUCACAACGAGCUCUUCCGGGUGCCGCUGUACGAGAUCAUCCCGCUGGAGGCGGUGGUGGGGACCUGCUGCGUGCUGGAUCUCUACACUUACUGCAAAGGGAGGCCCAAAGGGGCGAAGGAGCCGGACGUUUACAUCUGCGAUUAUCGGCUGGACAAGUCGGCCCACCUCUUCUACAAAAUCCACCGCAACCGCUAUCCGAUUUGCACCAAAUCCUACGCCUUCGACCACUUCCCCAAGCGGCUGGCCCCGAAAAGAGACUUCUCGCCUCAUUACGUACCGGACAACUACAAGAGGAACGGAGGCAGGUCAUCUUGGAAGUCCGACCGCUCCAAGUCCCAAAAUAAGGACCUCCCCCAGGAGGAGGAGCCUCUCGCACUUCCCGAAGAGGCCAUCGCCAACCCCGAGCCCCCUCCGGGAGAGCCCCCAGCCCACCCGGAGGAGCCCGAAAAGGAGGCCCCUCCCCUGGAGACCGUCGAGCUGGAUAAGAAGACCGAGGAGGGCAGCCCUGAGCCCAGGGAACCCUGCAGCCCGGAAGAACGCCGUCACCUGCAGCGGGAGAGGCUGAACCAAAUACUCCUCGCCCUCUUAGAGAGGAUCCCAGGGAAAAACGCCAUCGACGUCACCUACCUGUUGGAGGAAGGCUCCGGAAGGAAAUUGCGACGUCGCACCCUCCUCCUCCCGGAGACCAGCUGCAGGAAGUGAACCCCGCAUCGUGUUUUUCUCCUCCCCCACUCCCUCCAACGCACCGCUCGCCCCCUUCUUCGCCGCCCCCCCCUCCCUCGCAGCCAAGGGUGCGGCGUUAAAAAAGACUGACAGCCGGGCCUGGGUUUUUUGGGACCCUCCGCCAUCCUGCGUCUCUCGGAGGGAGCCACGGUGGUCCGGCCGAGCCGAAGGAAACUGACGAAACGGUUCUGUAGCACUUAGUCCCUGCACUUGGGCAGGCAAGCCCCCUCCCACCCACUCACACACACACACACCCUACCCACCCACCCUGUUCCAUUUCGCAGGAGCGUCCAGCGUUCAGCACCGGGGAGGGGAAGGGGGAGCCAGCCACGCCUUCUCGGUUCUCUUAAGGUACUAAGGAAAAAGGCCCUCUCCUCCGGGGAGAGGGACGCUCAACCGUUUUAAUUUAUUAUUUUUUGUCCCCCCUGCCCCAUCCCACGGUCCAGAGGGAGGAAAACGAGGCCUCGCCUAGAAAAGAAGGCGGGGGGGUGGGAGAGGUGUUUGCUGCCCUCCCGGAGCACCUCGUCGGGUCUGCCCUUUCCUAAAUCCAGGAAAUUAUCCGGGCACCGCGUGGCCCCAGGGGUCCCCUAAAGCAUUUUGCAAAUAUAUAUAUUUGCAUAUAUAUAUAUAUAUAUGUAUUAAAAAAAAAAACCUGUCUCUGACAGGCCCCCCCGGAGCAAGACGGGGGAAGAAUUUUCCUGCCGGACACAUUUUUGCACAUCCGGGAGGUGUCGCAUUCCUACGGAUUGCCCCCCCCCCCCUUCUCCACCCGGAGAACCACGGUUGGGUUUUUGGAAGCACUUGGGUUCCACGUCGUGCGUCCCAAGACAGGGCGGGACUUCAGGCAGGGGGACGCUGCGCUUAAUUUUAAUUUUAAAUUCUUUCCCCCCCCCCCUCCUCCUGCAGAGUAUUUUUUUUUUUUAAAAAAAGGGUUCCUAGGUAAGAAAAGAAGCACCCCCGUUUUCUCCUGUCUUUCUCUCUCUCGUUUUUUUCCUUUCCUCUUCCUUCUUUCUCCCCUUCCUUUUCCCCCCUUUUUUUUAUAAAAAAAAAAUCACCGUUUCCUCUCCUUUUCCCCCUUUUCGUACUCAGCUGUCGUUCUCUCGUUGCGUCCCGCGUAAAGGAAAAAAAAAAGUCGAGAAGGAGGGAGGGUGGGAAAACCCAGAUAAAAUUUCCCACGCCCCGAACGAUACGGGAAGGAAGGAAGGGGGGGGGGAAUAUACCCUUUUCACUACACGAACCGUGGGAACAGUAUUUCCGAGCGAGCGUCCAUCGCGAUGCUUGUCGAGACGACGUAAGCCGCCAAUGACACUACUAUUUGCGGGGGUUUUUUUCUCUCUCUCUUUUUUUUUUAAAAAAAUCCUUUUUGAUUUUUCUUCUUCCCCCCUUU